GGCUACGCCAAUGCAAAGAUCUACAAGUGCGACAAUCCCAAAUGUCUCAGACCUACGUGCUUCAUUUCCGGUAGUUCAGGGAAAGAUGAUAGUUUCCCGUGUCUUCGGCCAGCAUGCACAGGUCGCUUUCAGCUCGUGCGCCACGUGAGCUUUGUCGAUUGCCCUGGGCACGACAUUCUCAUGGCCACGAUGCUCAACGGAGCCGCCGUCAUGGAUGCCGCCCUACUUCUCAUUGCCGGCAAUGAGUCAUGUCCCCAGCCUCAGACAUCUGAACAUUUGGCAGCUAUUGAGAUCAUGAAGCUGAAGCAGAUCGUGAUCCUGCAGAAUAAGAUUGAUCUGGUGAAGGAGAGUCAGGCCAAGGAGCAGUAUGAGCAGAUUACUAAAUUUGUUCAGGGCACUGUGGCCGAGGGGGCACCGAUUAUUCCCAUUUCAGCACAGCUCAAGUAUAACAUUGAGGUGCUGUGUGAGUACAUCACCAAGAAGAUUCCCAUCCCCCAGCGCAAUUUUACCGAUCCGCCGCGUCUCAUUGUUAUUCGUUCUUUUGACGUCAACAAGCCCGGUUGUGAGGUGAAUGAUCUCAAGGGGGGCGUUGCUGGUGGUUCAAUUUUGCGUGGGGUACUCAAGGUGGGGCAGGAAAUUGAAGUGCGCCCCGGACUUGUUAGUAAAGAUGCCGAUGGGAAACUCACGUGUCGUCCCAUUUUCUCCAAGAUUGUCUCACUCUUUGCUGAGCAGAAUGAACUGCAAUUUGCCGUUCCGGGUGGACUGAUUGGUGUUGGUACGAAAAUUGAACCCACUCUGUGCCGAGCUGAUCGUCUGGUUGGUCAAGUGCUGGGCGCUGUUGGUGCUCUGCCGGACAUCUUCAUUGAAUUGGAGUUCUCAUACUACCUGCUGAAGAGAUUGCUGGGUGUACGCACAGAGGGCGACAAGAAGGGUGCUAAAGUACAGAAACUUGCCCGAUCGGAAAUUCUCCUGGUCAAUAUUGGCUCUCUCAGUACUGGAGGCCGAGUCACAGCUACAAAGGCUGAUUUGGCCAAAAUUACACUUACGAAUCCCGUUUGCACGGAGAUUGGAGAGAAGAUUGCCCUGAGUCGGCGAGUUGAGAAGCACUGGCGGUAAGUACUUAUUAAAAAAAAAUAAUUUUAGUUUUUUCCUACACUGAGAGAAAUCCGAAAAAGUUAAAAUAACAUUCCGGAAAUGUUAAUUUUACCCUGCAGUAUUGAAACGAAAUCGGUGUAAAUAUUACCCUUUUUAGGUGUAUUAGUGGUUAAAGUUACCCUUUUUCAUGUUAAUUUUACCCUUAAAAAGGUGUAAAACUAACAUUAAAAAAUGUUGAUAUGUUUUUACGCACGAAAAGUGUUAAAGAUAGGAGGAAAAAAAGUUAAUCGCACCCCCAUUUUUUUUCAGUGUACUGUAACUUUCUUUUCCGGGAAGUAGAUGAAAAUAAGC